GCGGAAAAAAAAAAAAAAUCCGUUCGUCAAAGCCUUGGCUUACCUACCGCGUACCUCCUUGUUUCGCCCAUUCUAUCAGUUCCUUAUAUCCAUUUUCCUUCCUGAAGCUGACCACAGUCCACAGCACGCAGAGAGAUGGUCUGGCUCACGCGAUUCCUCACGGCGGUGGCUUUUCUGGCCAUCGGAGUUGUAUUUUCGCCGGGGACCUUCGGAUCCAAUUCAGACGGCUCCAAUGCGCCGAAGCUUUCGGCGUUGCUCAAACUGGCUCAUCUCCUCAGCUACUCCACCGCUUGGGGCGCCUCUCUCUGGGUCACCUUCAUCGGCGGCAUCAUCAUGUUCAAGAAUCUGCCGAGGCACCAAUUUGGUAAUCUUCAAAGCAAGAUGUUCCCUGCCUAUUUCUCGAUGGUUGGGAUUUGUUGUGCCACAUCCGUUGCAGCUUUUGGUUAUCUUCAUCCAUGGAAGUCCGCAGCAACUGCUGAGAGGUACCAGCUUGGGUUUUUGAUAUCGGCGUUUGCUUUUAAUUUGGCCAACCUGUUUGUCUUCACACCCAUGACUAUUGAGUUGAUGAAACAAAGGCACAAGGUGGAGAGGGAAAGUAACAUUGGCGAGGAAGUCGGGUGGUCAAAAAACGUCGAAGUUGCAAAGGUGAACCCAAAACUUGCAGCAAUGAACAAGAAAUUUGGAAUGAUCCAUGGCUUGUCAUCCCUUGCAAAUAUCCUAGCAUUUGGUAGUCUUGCUAUGCACUCCUGGUAUUUGGCAGGUAAAAUCAAUCUGUAACUCAAAAAUUGUCCUUCCUCUUUUAUGGGAGGGGGGAGUGUAUGACUGUAGUUUCCAUCCAUGAAGCAAUUUCCCUAGUGCUUUCUAUGUUAGACUGGCAUAUAAUUAUUGUAGUACAAUUGCCUGUUUGGAUGGCUUGAUAAAAAAAAAUGUGGGAAAUAAAAGUGCUGUAUUGAUCUGUCUGAUCAUCUAAUGAAUAGGUCCGAAGUUGUGGAA